AUGGAGGCGACUCUUAGGGCCCUGGCCCUGGAGGAGUUGGCACUGCACCCUUUUCCUGGUAUUUCGUUUGAACGCCUUUGUGCAGUUCUGCAGCAGGAAAAUGACUGGGCCUUAGACCCGUUCUCGAGGGCUAUGCUUUGGAGGUCGCUGUACCGAUGCCCCGACGUUUACUUCACGGCAACAUCCUCCUGCAGCCACCAGAAGCAUCACCACCCCCUUGCUGCUGCGCCAGCAAACACCGAUGCAGCAACAACACCAACAAAACGCAGCAAAAUCCAGUCGCUCUCCUGGCGAGACCCUCUAGUCCCGUCGGACUUGCUGAUGGCGCCGUCGACCCGCUCCUUUACCCUCGGAGCUGCAGCAGGCGAUGCAAAGAGAGCGGGGCCACCUCCCUCUAUUUCAGAAGCAGCAGCAAUAGACGCGUGGAAAGCACAGCAGCGGCAAUGGCUGCUGGCGACUUCUCCAGGCCUACCGUUGCUGCUGCUGACAGGAGUUGAUGCCGCCGCAGAUAAGACGGACUUGGACAGAAGGGCGGCAGAAGUCCCAUUCCAAAUUCUUCGAAACAUCGCAAGCCACAAAGAAAACGGUCAAUGGCAGUACUGUCUGGCGCAAGAGCUACAGCUCGAUCCCAAGAGUGUCUUUCACCACUUAAAGCCUCUUUAUAGGGACGAAUUGAUUUGCCACAUGCAGCUGGCUAUACCCCCCACCCACAAGUUGGGCAGGGGGGAGGGGCACAGCCCAACAAAAGGGGGACCCCCUGACCAGCAGGGCCGGGAGGCCUCGAGUUUAGAGAACAUCGGUGGGCACGAGGGUCCCACGGGGGCCCCUCCUCCUCGUGGCACUGUUCGAACAAACCUCACAGUGUCGGCGCUGUUGUGGAGCAGUGCCUUCUUCUCCCCUCUGAGACUACCGGCGCACUUGAGGGGAUUAGUGGCCCUUCACCACUUGCUGCCGCUGCAACAGCAGGCCCUCCGUCUGCUGCACAACUCUCCCAACAACAUCUUGCUGGAAGAGGAAGCCCCUUACCUGCGUUUCAGUGAUAAACAGCUGCGGCGGUUGUUUUACAGGCUGCGGGAGUCGCUAGAGCGCAGUGGGCAAGUGCAACGCGUAAGGGCAUUUUGUCGGCAGACGGCUCGCUUUGAGCCCUGUCUCAUUCUGUCUGCUGGCGCAGCCCAGCAGCAUUCUGCUGCUGCAGCGCCGCAGCACAGUGGCCAGGGCCAAACGGGUGGAGGCAGUCUAAUUGCCCAAGUGAAGGUGGAAGAGGGGACGGUGGAAACAGCCGCAAGAGCGGCGGAUCUCCGCAGAGAUGCUUCGGCCCACGGGGCGACUGCAGCAGAUGAAGGCGAGGCAGAAGAGAGCCCUUCAGUUCUGGUGGACUUGGAGGGGACAUCUCUGGCGUCGUUAGCUUCGCUACUUUUGAUAGCCGCUGGUUCAGACGGCCUCACCACCGUGGGCCUCUCACGUCUGCUGGGCCUGGACAUAAAGCGGAGCGGCAAGGCCCUGGCGGAGUUUUCGAGGCGGAAUUUGGUGUCACGCGUGGCUGAGAGGCGCGGAAAGUGCUUUCUGUACAGAUACAUCAGCAAGGGGCUGCCCUGUUUGCAGGCACUGCUGGCAGAGGCCCCAUCGGAGGACUUUUCAGGGAGCACCGCUGAGACGUGGGGCGCCUGGGAAGGCCCUGCUGCCCACGCAGGCCCUUCGGCUGCUGCAGUUGUGGUGCACAUGCGGGGAGAAGCGGCUGCCCGAACCGCUAAGGCCUUCGAUCCUUCUUCAGGGCCCCAAGCUGCGUCUGGGGCUGCUCCUGAGACCGAGGCGCAGCUUGAAGCACCAGCUGGUGGUGCUUCUGCUUCUCCUGAAAAAACUCCACAGAAAGGGACGGAGGGGUUGCUGUAUGAGUCGUCCGGGCGACAGCAGCGGGGAAGGCUACAGAGAACCGCUCGCAGUGCCUUUGCUCGGGUUGGUAAGGUUGACAGUGAGGCACAGACGCCUCUGAAGAGGCCCCAUAGUGCUCAGGGGACCCCUGCCGGAGCUUCCAAGAAACGGGCUACCUGCCGUCGCGGCAAAACGGCCAGGGAGGAUGCCGAAAAAGAGGUGCUUGUUGCACAAGAAACAGAUGCUGCUGCAGGAGCAGCUGCUACGGUUGCUGCGCCGCCACCAGUUGCGACGCCCUCGGCAGCAGCAGCAAAUGGUGCGGUUGCUGCGGCGGCUGCUGCGGCGGCGGCUGGUGCUCCAGCAGCAUCCACCGCGAGCCCUGCAGUGAGUCUUGGCCCUGAUGGAGCAUCUACCACUGAGGCUGAAGCAGCUGAGUUGGCGGUGGCAGUAUCUGCCCCGGCUGCACUGCCAGGCGCUAUACGUCGGUGUCUAUUCGAUGGCGGUACUGGUUCUGGUAGUCAGGCUGUUGUCUCGGGGGCCGUUGAGGGUCUGCUUAAGGAGAUGACCCGCCGCGCCGCGCGGGCGAAGCUGCCUCCUCGAGCGCAGCGGCUGCUGGAGACUCCUCAGUUUGUCGCUCGUCUGACGCUGUUUCAACGGGCUGUUGAGAGCGCCGGUUGCUGCACAAUUCCCUCCAUCAGUAAAGCCAUCGCUGAUGCAGAGCAGACACCCAAUGGGCCCGACAGGAAAACUGUUCACCGCAUGGCUGAAGUAGCGAUGCAGUUGGAGCCACGCAUCCGCCGUGGCCGGGUUACCACCUCAAAAAACGCACAGGAAAGGCUAGAAGGCCCCGCGGGGACAUCCCCAGCACCUGCAGACAUCACGUUCUUCUAUUGGGCGGAGUCACUCGACGAAGAGACCGCGGAGCAGCGGGUUGCUGCCCUAAUUACACAGAGGCGGGCCCACGGCUGUCGCGAGGCCAUUCGGCGUAACCAGCUGCUCCUUGAAGGCAAGCUGAAGGAGGCGGGCGAAGAUCUUCGGCUAGCUAGCUCGUCCUUGGGUUCCCUUGGGGCCCUGCAACCGCCGCACACCCUUGCGGAGUCAAGACGCAACUCCAUCAGCCCCCAGGCGCCGGCAGUUUCAGGAGACGUCCCUCAGGUUGUCCAUUCCAGCGUGCUUCCGGAUGACACCCCCAUGCAAUCGCUCGUAGGCAAGCAGCUCAAAGGUUUGGAGAGGGAGAUAUCGCGUUUAUCUCAACUCGAGAGCCGCACCGCCUGCAGCCGCGUGACGCAGCCGGGGCCGCCUGCUACAGCGGCAUCUUUGCUGAUGGUAGACAAGACGCUUCCGCGUUCUACCUUUCAAGACAAAUUUGUCUUUAGUCAGAAGCACUUGGCGUUCUACGGCUUCAUAUUCCCAGUGAUGAUCCGCGCAAAGUGCUUCCACCAAUUUCUUCUCGUCCUCUCACGGCAGCUCAUGGGGCAUCCUGAGAGCUCCUUGUCCAGCGUAGCGGAGGCGCCCCUGUUGACUGUCUCCACCAUGGUCCGCCGCAUGCCGUUGGAGACGUUUCUGCGUCUGAUAGGGUGCGGUUAUGCGCUGCCCCUGCUAGACGAGCACUUGGCGAAAGAGGCUGCGUCACGCCACCCGAUGCAGAUGCUGCCGGGGCCUCUCUUUCGGUUGCUGGUCUUCUCCAGCCGUCAGCUACAGGCCUACAGACAGCUGCAUCCAAAGGCGCAGCUCCCGCUCUUGGGGCUGGGCAAAAAGAACGCGGGAACCGCCGUCAGGAAGCUCUUGUCGCUGCUGGGCCGCAUGGGGAUCAUCUGCCAGGUCCAAGCUGUCCCCAGCCCGCCCUCCGAGGGGUCCACUCCGAAGGGGCCCCUCGUCGCGCAUGCAUGGCGCCUUAACGAGAUCAUAAGGCUGCCAGCGUUCUCAAGGACGGUGUCGAAGGAAGGGGAAGUACAAACCCCUCUGCCGGCUAGAGAAUUCGACGGUCUUUCGCACGAGGGGGUGGAGGCCUACUGGCAGCAGCUGCAGCUACAGGUAUCACAGUGGGUGCAGGAAGAGCGGCAGAUGACUUGGGCUAUGGGCAGCGACCCCCAGCCCUCGCAUUUCUUUUCCCCCCAUUCGGAAGACAGCGACGGCGCACAGCAGUCCGAAAGGGAAGGUUCGGCGGGUCCCAGAAACCCUGAAGAGGCCGGUGCUUCCAGCCGCUGGAGGGUGCCGUUGCCCGAGGCAUUCGCCGUCCGUGAGGCAUUUAACUCCAAGAACUGGAAAGGCCAGGUGGCCUUCACUGCAGCUGCAAGGGCUGCCCUGGAUGCGUUUGCUGCGGAGACGCUAGAGAAGCUGAGGGACGCUGGAGGGGCGGAGUUGGAGGCUCUUGUCUUGAAUGCGUCCUCUCCACAAAUUGUCGAACUUUCGGCACGUAUUGGAUACCCUGCAGAUGCGGUGUUGCGCUACUUGAUUCGAGUUUUUGAAAUCAAGGGUGGCUCACGCAGCAACCAAGCACUGUUUAUUGGCGGUAGUAUUUGGGACAGUGAGGAGCGGCAGCAAGCUGAAGAUGGGGACACCCCCCUUACACCUGUGCCUGUGCCUAACCAGCUACCCACCGACGCAGACGCCGUCACUAGCUCUUCUGUCCCCGGCCAGUCCCGCAGCAAUUCGCCGCGUCCUCAUUGGCUCGCGGGGACCCCAACAAAGGCGGACACAGUGGAGAGGGAUAGAGGCCCUGGCCUGCUGGUACACCGCACUCGAGAUGUGCGGUUUCAGUGCCAUCGCUGUGGCCAUUUCUACUCCUGGGAAAAGUCGCUACGGCUGCACUAUGAACGGGCCCACCGUGAGCCCCUGCCGGACAACGAGCUCUUGUACAUCUUGCCUUGGGAGCGAAAACGGCGGCUCGAGGACCAACAGCAAAGGGCCGAGCUCAGCAAAUUCAGGCGGAGACGUCGCGCAAUGGCGGUUCCUGCUGUUCGCGGGUCCCCUACGCAGUCGCAGCAGCAGGUGAUACUCAGUUCACCUACUGACGAAGCCUUGAAGGCCCGGGAGAGCUUUGCAGGGCGCCUGCUGGUCCGAGGGGCUGUAAGGGCCGUGGAUAUCCCAGCCAGCAGCUUCUUGAUGCGGGCAACAGGAGACGAGCAGGCAGUACUCUCUUCAAUGGGUCGCGAGGAUGAGAUUGGUCUUAUAGGGGCCGCCGUCGUUGCGGAGAGGCUCUGGAUGGCGGCUUACAGCCCCCAGCAAAGUUCAGCAGGUCCCGGGAGUCUCUUUGAAAGGGCAGUAAACCGAGUUGGGGGGCCCCUGGCUGAGGCCUGGUUGUUCCCCGCCAGCUCGCAGUCUCUUCCCCCAGAGGAGCAUCUCAUUUGGCACAUCCUGGGUUGUCUCUGCAUGCCCCCUCUAGCGUCUUCGAGCGCGCGGUUGUUUUUGGGUUUUGUUUUGAGCCGCCGGUCGCUCAACUCCCGCAUUUUCAGCAGUUUCCGGUGGGCCGUCUCAUUUUCCUCUGCGCCUAUUCGUUGUCUGCCGCCUGGACCCUUCUCCCGUCUAAACCCCCACGAAUAUCUUUUUGUUGGCGUGUUGUCUCCAACGGGAGCUGCUGCUGUGAAAUCUGCGGGCUAUACCUGUCUCUGUGUUGCCGACCCGCACAGGCGCCUCGACCCUGCAGCUCUGCGCCACUUCGUCCUCGAGGGCCGCAUCCCCUCCGCCUUGGAGCUGCGUUUACACAGCGUGUACAGGGGCGAGGCGUUAGGGGCUCCGAGGAAGUCUCUUGUAGGACCUGCCCCUGUUUCCUCUGUCUUUGCAUGGUUCUCCUGUGAUCUGUGGCGGCCUCAGUUGGCCGUCCUCCUCACGCCGUUGCCCUUCUACCGACCUGCUGUGCAACUCGCUGCGCUCCGGGAGCUGCGGCCUUUGGAACUGACAGGCCUCUGGAGGGCCUGGCAGCGCAAAGGCUGGGUUACCGUCUUCAAGCCGCCAGCGGCAGCUGCUGCUGCUGCUGCUGCCACUGUUGGCUCUAUUGCACCGCCCUCAAAGGAUAAAAAGGCCUUAGGAGCGACUGAACCGGCGGGUAGACAGCAGCAUUUGUACAAGAGGCCCGAGAUCGCCACAGCACUCGAGGCUAAAUGCCGUCGCCCGUUUGUCCUUAGCAGCUCCGCUCGCCUAUCGCUUUUUGGUCGGCUGUGGGACUACCGUACUCUCUCGGCUUUGCUGUACUCGGCGAACCAGCUUACAGAACGCAACGUUGGGGGUCUCCCCGAAGGGCUCACAGACGCUGCUGCUCCAGCAGAAGAGUUUGCUGGGGAUGAGGAGCCCUCAUCCCCAGCAAACUCUUCUGCUGCGCCUGCAGCCCCACAGACUUGGAAGGAUUCCGAAGGAAACGAUUCUCCGCAUGAAUUGCUGCUGGCGCAGUUAGCCGCGGAGGAGGCUCAGCCUUCGGAGGAAGCAGGGGCUGUUGACGCAACUACAGUGACCAACGACGGCGACUUGCAGCUGCUUCAACUGCUCGAGAACUCUCGGCUGCAGCCAGCCGCCUCUGGGUGCCUUUCCACCUCGGAACCACCAAAGAUGGUUGCUGACAGUUGCCUCUUCUUGCCUGAAGAGGCAAGUGUCAGGAAAGGAAAUAGCGCUCCCGCAGCGCCCGAGCUAUGCCAGCAGAGGGAGGAAGAGCCUGCCGUUGCAGUUGUUAGGAGAGAGACAUUAUCUCUGACUUCCGAGGUGGUAGGUUCCGAAGCUCUUGCGGCCCUUGAAGGGUUGGCUCGAGGGCGGCUGUGGUUGUCUCCCUUCUGGGGUAGGGAGGGCCGUCUCCCAGACUCAACGGAGGCCGCUGCUGACGCCGAACUGCUGAAGCUUCUAGAAGACGAAGACGCGCUGGAUGGCGGUGACGGGGGCGAAGGUUUGUGGAACAACGUGCCUGAGUGGCUGAGUGCUCUCUCUUUGGGUCGGGCGGAAGAAGGGGGGGACCUGUUGGGAGACACGAGGCCACUGAGGAGGCCGACGGAGGGCGGCGUGGAGACACACAUCACAGCGCAUGCUGCGGGGGUGCCCGAGAUCACUGCCAUCACUUGCUCUGUCUUGGGCUCAUGCCUGCCACUCAUCCGGCGGCGGACAAACGUUCUAGAAGUGGAGAGGAGCCUCCCACACAACACAGACCUCGAAGGUGCCCCCUUUAACAGGCCUGCACAUGCGGUGGGAUCUGCUCCGGAGAUUGGGAGCCUUUGUAGGGAGCUGCGGUGGGCGUUUGAGCGCUCCUGCGCCAAACCAGCGGUCGGUGGCGUCCGUUGGCAUACGGCAGCAGCAUCAAUGAUGCAUGCGACAUCUGGAGAUGCGGAUGCAGGAUGCAACAACUCAGCAACACUGGGAAAGACGAUGGAAGUGGAGGUACCCCCCGCCAGCCAUCUUCCUGACGGCCUCUUCGGUGCUGCAGGGGAGCUGGACGCCUUCGACCCCUCUCUGCUACCGCCAGUUCUGAAUGACCGCACUUCGAGUGCAGCCACUUCUUUUACCCUUGCAGAGGAAGCUCAGAGACAAAGAGAGGUGGCGACAGAAAUUGGGACAGAAGGAGAGGUGCACGCAGCCCUCAAACCUUCAGCAGCCAGGCCAUGGCGCUUCAAACCCGGGCUCCCUAGCGGCUUUCCUGUUUCUCUGCCCACGUAUGCAGACGACCACCGACAGAACUGGCGGUUCGCUGCGAGGGCUGUAGAGGCAUUCGCCCCUCCCGGAUGUCUCUGCAACACAACUUGCGGCUGUCUCCAUGAAUCCCAGGCUGCCGUAGGCAGCCGCUGCUACACCCCUGCAAUAUUGCAGGCCCCUGGAGCAACUACACUGUGCUCAGUCGUUCCCCCUAUGCUGGGUUUCACCGAUAGGCCACUCGUUGAAGACCAGAAAGGGACUACUGGGGAGGCGAACCCAGGAGAGGGGCCCCUCAGAAUCCUUAGGCAGUAUUUAGAAGGCCCCGCAGAAGCCUUUUUAGAAUCACCACCUGCUAAGCUCUGCAACACCGGCACCUGGAAGAGCAGCGGCAACCCCUGCAGCGGCCAUCUCCCCUUGCCCCUGCUUCAGGCGCUUCACGAGACGGUGCUUGUUGCUCUUAGCGUUCAGCAUGACGCUGUUCUGCCGUUGCUGCCAACGCCACCCCUGCCGGUGGCUGCAGAGCGACUCGGAGAGGUGGCGCAAGAAGAACUAGCAGCCAUUCUUCCUGCCUUCUCCCCAGCUGCUAGUGCUGGUGCUGCUGAAGGCAGCGCUCCUCCAGCAGUGGUGCAGGCAGGACAGGAGGCCCGUGCGGACGCCGUCGUAUGUGUAGCUCUCGCGUUAUGCCCUGCGUGGCUGUUGGGUUGCGUGCUCAAGGCAAAGGCCGAAGGCGUGGCGGUGCCGGCCUUGCUGCUGGAGCUCGCGGGAGAGGAGGAGACUGCAGCAGAAGCAGCAGCAGCAUCUCCAGUGGAAGGGCAUUCCACACAGACAGGACCAGCCCCUGUGCGCCUUGCAGACAGUGUGCGGGGAGAUAACUCAGCAGAUAGCCUACGUGCUGCGGCACGCCUCGCCUUCAGGCGAGCGGUAAGCAAGCUGUCUCUUCGGAGUAGCAGUGGAGAGGCAUUGCUGCCUCUUCGUCGCAAGGCCGAGUUGGCGGGGGCCAAUGUGGGGAUGGUCAUGACCACUGAGGGUGACCUAGGAUGUUGCUGCGAUAACUGUUGGGUUGCUGCAUGCGGCAGUCAGUUGUUUUUGGUCUGUGUUGCUAUCCUGUGCUCCUUGCGUCUAGUGGUGCCCGUUCCCGCUGGAGAGAGCUGGCGAUUGGUUGGUGCUGCUGAGGCAGCCCCGCGCUUUUGCCUGAAGGAGCAGCUGGUCGUCCGCGACCCUCUGGCUGCUCGGUGGGCAUUUCACAGGGGCACGUUGCCCGUCUGCCUAAUCGAACAGAGCGCAUCACGUUCCCAUCUCGCUGCAGCGGAUGCAACAGGCGAAAAGCUCAACGGCGAAGGGGACCCCUCAAGGGAAGGCCUCAUGCAUCAGAGCGAUCUCCGCCCAGCAAUGGUGCCUCGAGCCAUUUGGGCUGCUUGGGGCCCUUCAGGCGUCCGAAGCCAGCAGGAUCCGCAGCAGCAGAAGCAGCAUCCAUUGGCGCGGGAGGGGCAGCAGGCUUCGCUUGGAACGACUGCACCGGUAAGUGGAGCUGCGUGCGUUUCGGGUCCCUUGACUGGCGUUUCGCCAGCAGAGGUCUCGGAAGAGGAGGGAACAACGGCCUACCAAGCUCAGGCUGAGGUCGUCAGCUCGCUCUUCUGUUCGCUACUGGACUGCACGGCUUCUUCCUUGGGACCCCAGGGGGCAGAGGGAGAUCCACUACCUAGGGCAGCUGCAGCACCAAGACCGGUGAGACUGGCCAGUGGCUGGCUGCCAGCUUGUGCAUGGAUGCGAUUAGAUGGCCGUCUGCACGCCUCCCUCGUGCAACUGCUCUGCCUCCGACUAUGGAUGCUGCUGACGCAAAGGCCCGGUAGCACGGCCCAGCAGCUGCAGGGGAUGUUAUGCCUUCUAGAUGACUGCGAGGUGCAGUUCCUCCUCCAUGCUCUUGUUGAGGAAGGCGUUGUCACCGCCUCUGUCCUGUGGGGUCACUCUGCAGCUGCGUUUUCCACGAGCUGCGGCAAUCCUAGUGAGGGGUCAGAGCGGUCCCCCAGGGCCUAUCAUGGCACUUGCUUCGCAGAUUCCAGCGAUCGCUCGCUUCCGACGCAGGAAGCAAGACACAUUGGUGGACUCACGGGGUCCGCUGGCUUCAACGGGCGCCCUGGCGGACUGUCUAUGGCCAAACAUAUACUGGACGUGCAGGCCAUAUACUUGCCAAACGCAGCGGCAGACGUCCUGCCCAAGUUUCAGCCCCUCCUGCUGCCGAAACUUGCGCGUUGCAGCUGUGGCUGCUCUGUGCUGCUUUGA